AUGGACCUGCGGCGAGUAGGAAGAGGUGCGUUUCUGUUGCAUGCCACCGUUUUGUCCCUUUCCUCACGUCGUCGCAGGUCGCGUUCGCCCUCCAACUCCAAUUCCGACGACGAGCCGCCAGCUACACGCCGCAAGGCCUAUUCCCCUCCUCCACCCCCUCUCAAAACCGCCCCAAGGGUUGAAGAUGUUGACCCCGUGCGACGCGCCGAGCGAGAGCGGCAGCUCGCCGCGCGCCUCGCCGCCAUCGAGCUCGAGAAGCUCGAAAAGGAGAAGAGCAAGGAGAGCGGCGACGGCAAGGAAGUAGCGACCACCGCCGACGCACGCGCAGAGUUCGCCAAGCUCACCGCGAACUCACGUUCGGGCGGGGUGUACAUGCCCCCCGCCCGUCUGCGGGCGAUGCAGGAGGCUGCGUCGUCAGACAAGAGCAGCCCCGAGUACCAGCGGCUGUCGUGGGAUGCCCUCCGCAAGUCGAUCACCGGUAUCGUGAACAGGGUGAACGUGACCAACAUCAAGGACAUCAUCCCUGAGCUGUUUGGCGAGAAUCUCAUCCGCGGCCGUGGCCUCUUCGCGCGGAGCAUCAUGAAGGCGCAGGCGGCCAGCUUGCCAUUCACGCCCGUAUUCGCCGCGCUGGUGGCUGUCAUCAACACGAAGCUUCCGCAGGUUGGAGAGCUCCUUUUGGCGAGGCUCAUCAGCCAAUUCCGUCGUUCAUUCAAGCGCAACGACAAGAUUGUAUGCCACUCCACAACGACGUUCAUCGCACAUCUCGUCAACCAAGGCGUCGCCCAUGAGCUGGUCGCUCUGCAAAUCCUCGUCCUCCUCGUUGAGCGUCCUACGGACGACUCUAUCGAGAUCGCCGUCGGCUUCGCUCGCGAGGUCGGCGCGUUCCUUGAACGCGAAUCGCCUCGCGCCCUUGCCUCCAUCUUCGAGCGCCUCCGCGCCGUUCUGAACGAAGGCUCGAUCAGUUAUCGGGCGCAGUACAUGAUCGAGGUCCUCAUGCAGGUUCGCAAGGACAAGUUCAAGGACAAUCCCGUCAUACCGGAAGGGCUCGACCUGGUCGAAGAGGAGGACCAGAUCACUCACGAAAUCCAGCUCGAGGAAGACCUGCAGGUGCAGGAGGGACUCAACAUCUUCAAGUUCGACUCGAACUUCCUCGAGAACGAGCAAAAAUACAAGGAGAUUAGGGCAGAAAUUUUGGGCGAGGGCGACUCGGAUGAAUCGUCAGGCAGCGAAGAAGAGGACUCGGAGGACGAGGGCGAAGAAGUCGAGGCCAAGGAAGGCAUUGAGGACAGGACGGAGACGAAUCUCGUUAACCUUCGCCGCACGAUCUACCUCACGAUCAUGAACGCACUCAACUACGAGGAGGCUGUACAUAAAUUGCUCAAAGUGCAGCUACCAGAAGGAAAAGAGAUCGAGCUGGCGAACAUGAUCAUCGAAUGUUGCUCUCAGGAACGUUCUUACUCGACCUUCUAUGGCCUCGUCGGCGAGCGUUUCUCGAAGAUAAAUCGCGUAUGGACAGAGUGCUUCGAAGAGGCGUUCGGUAAUUACUACACAACGAUUCAUCGCUACGAGACAAACCGACUACGCAACAUCGGGCGAUUCUUCGGGCACCUCAUCGCCACCGAUUCUAUCUCAUGGGCGGCAAUGUCGUGCAUCAAACUGACGGAGGAAGACACGACGAGCAGUAGUCGCAUCUUCCUCAAGAUUAUGCUAACGGAGGUAGUCGAGAGCAUGGGCAUGAAGACCGUGCACGAGCGUUUCCGGGAUGAGGAGGUGAAGAUGCUGUGCAAGGGCAUGUUCCCGAUGGACAAUCCGAAGGAUACGCGAUUCGCCAUCAACUAUUUCACGAGCAUCAACAUGGGCGCCAUCACGGAAGAGAUGCGCGAGCAUCUCAAGGUGCGUCUAUUCCCCGAUAUUGGCUGGUGUCAAUGCUGA